AUGACCAUCUCCGUCCUCAUCCCCUACCUGCCCCUGCAGCUGGCGCACGCGGUCCUCAACGGCCUCAGCAGUUUUCCUCUGCAGCCCUUUGACUUCCACAAGAUCCGCUACGAGGCCGCCCCCUUUCCCUGGGACUCGAUCGUCUUCAUGCCGUCCACCCAGGUGCCGUGGAUCUUCCUCAACAACAAGUACAUUCCGAUCCUGACGACCGUCGUCAUCUUCAUCUACUUUGGCAUCACCGUCGACGCCCGCCGCAUGUAUCGCCAUGCCGUGCUCGCCGUGGGCCUCGGCUCCAUGUUCCCACGUCUGCACCACAGCGACGGCUACAACUUCAGCGACCAAAGCGGCAGCGGCAGCCGCAGCGGCACCGGCUCAUGGGGCGCGCGAACUGACACGACGACGACCAGCACCCUCAAGCCCAGCCUGCGUGCAACCACUCGCCAGCUGAGCCACCACAGCAGCAGCAGCCCCUCCAGCAGCACCGCUCGCCACAGCCACCCGUCGCACAGCCUGCCCGACCUCAUCAUGCCCGUCGACGUCGAAGCAGCAGCACAAACACCCCCUCGCGCCCCCUCUCCCGCACCACCAAAACAGCCGCACCGCAACCCCUUUCUGUUCCGCACGAGCCUCGCCCUGCCGACCCUCCCGCUGCCGCGAUUCCUCGCCGGCCCCCGCGCCCGCCCGCACCGACCUGGACCCCGUUCCUCCUCGUCCCACAUGGCCCUCCAGCCGCUGCCUGCCGACGCAGCCCCCCGCAGCGCCGGCUCGGACGUGAGCCUCGCGUACCUGCCCCCCCAGGACCGCGAGCGCACAGCCACGCGCGUGUGGUCGGAUGACGACGGCGAGGACGCCGCCGCCGGCCAGCACGCCGGCAGGCUCAACGGUGCCGAGGACGCGCGGGCCGUCACGGUCGAGACGUCCAUCUCCAUGCAUGCGCGGUGA